AUGCAUGGGAGUAAUGGCAAGCGAAAGCUUCCCUUUUUCAAGUCCACUGCGCCAAUUGACCGUCAGCGCAAGUCUAAUGUCCACUGGCAUCGUCUGGUACGGUCGCUGUUGUACUUGAUCGCUUGGAUCUUUUUAUUGCUGGUAGUCAUUGGCAACACCUCUAAUAAACCAGUCCUACGCAAUACCUAUUUUCUUUACCUUGAUCUUGCCAAUAUUAUCCCGAUCUCCAUUCCAAAUGCCGUCCUGAUCAACUCCAUCGCCCAAACAAUCGGUCUACACGAUUUCUACCAGGUCGGACUAUGGAACUUUUGCGAAGGAUAUAAUGGACAAGGCAUCACCUACUGCUCCAAGCCGAAGACUCUCUAUGCCUUCAACCCAGUUGAGAUCAUCCUGGACGAGCUGCUGUCCGGUGCGACAAUCGCACUCCCAGCCGAUAUCGAAAGCCCAUUGAACCUAGCACGUGUUGCCUCCCACUGGAUGUUCGGACUUCUCCUCUCCGCAGCAGUCAUCAACUUCGUCAUGAUCUUCGUUGCCCCGCUCGCCGUCUCCUCGCGACACCCACGAAGUAUCAAGGCCUGGGCUGCGGGCUACAAUGGCGCUCACCCACCCGCGGGGAAGCCACCCCACCGUCGACGGACCUUCUUCUGGCUGCGCGCCCUACCGAUGUUUAUCUUGACCCUGUUCGCCGCCCUGACGGCAAUUAUCGGGUCGGCCGUCGCGACGGUCAUGUUCGUGAUCUUUGCCAAUGUCUUUGAAAACGCAGACCCCAAUAUCAAUAUCCAGGCGCACGUCGGGGUACAGAUGCUGGUGUUCAUGUGGAUUGCUUCGGCAUCCAGUCUACUCGCAUUCAUCAUUCAGAUAGGCUCUUGCUGCGCGGCUUGCUGUCGUGGCCGCAAGGCUCGCAAGCACCUCAAGUUAGAGGGUAUUAAUUGGCAUGAGAAGGGAGCGGUUGGCCCCGAUUCGACCGAGCAUUGCGGUGUCUCGUCCUGCAGAGAUUCUACCGUUCCUACCGAGGAGCAUCGUCUCACCUCCAAUGGUCAGGCGUUCUCGGAUGAGCAGAAGCAAAAG